AUGGCCUCGGCGGACAGCGAGGUGAAAACCCUCCUCAACUUCGUCAACUUGGCCUCGAGCGACAUCAAGGCCGCCCUGGACAAGUCGGCCCCCUGCCGCCGCUCCGUCGACCAUAGGAAGUACCUGCAGAAGCAGCUCAAGCGCUUCUCCCAGAAGUACGCCCGCCUGCCCCGGGGCCACCACCACCACCACCACCUGCCCCCGCCGCCGCCGCCGCCACACGCCAGGGAGCGGAGGGCGGCCGAGGAGAGAGCGCGAGGCCCGAGCGCCGACGCCGCGGAGACCCCUGUCGGCCAAAGCAGCGGCGGCGCCCUCCUCAGCCACAACGGCGAGCCCAAGGCCUGCAACAAGGCCGCGGAACCCGGCGACGAGCGGCAGCAGAGCGCCUGCGAGGCCACCUCCAGGCCCGACCAGGUGCCCAUGAGGAAAAGGCAGCUGCCCGCUUCCUUUUGGGAAGAGCCCCGGCCGGCUCCGGGUCCGCUCGGCGUCAGCGCAGGGGCCUUCCCAACGGCCGCCCCUCCUCCUGCCUCCUCCUCCUCCAAGGACCUGCCCCUUUACGAGGGAAAGAAAAGUAAAAAAGCGCCCGACGGUGGCCAGGCCGCUGCCCCCGACAGCCCCUCGAGCGGGCCCGACGCGGAGGCCACCGUCAAAGUGCUGAGCGCCUGGAGCUGCUGCCCUUUUCAGUGCCACGGACCACAAGCCUCCCCCGGCCUCUACCCGUCGGCCCUCAGCGCCGCCCUCCCACCCGCAGCCCCUUUCCCGGCCUUGGGGCUAUGGAGGAAAAGCGCGGCCUCGUCGACAGAAGGGGAAGGCUUCUGCAAGCCGAGCGGCGGCGGGGCGGGCCAGAAGGUGCACCGGCCUGUGGUGUGGAAACCCAUCCCCACCAAGCCAGCCGCGCCGCCGCCCAUCUUCAGUGUCUUCGGGUACAUUUAA